GGCUGAAGACGCGCCUCGGCCCCGCGGCUGACCACUGACAUGGACGAAGACGAGUUUCUAGAAAUGAACGAUGAUCACAAUCACAACUACUGCGAAGACCGGGGGGGGUCGUGUUACUCCAACCCGAGACCGAGAGACCCCCUUUGUUUCCCACCUGUUGGUGGUGGUGGGGCUGAACCUGCCGAGAAUGUCAAGAAGACGAGCUUUGUGACAGAGUCCAGCUACCUCGAGUCAGAGUCCAGCAGCCAGAGCGGUCAGUGUGACUCCGGUGCGUCCGCCUCCAGUGCGGGAAGACUGAUUUUAAACUCUCCGUCAAAGUUUCUGAUGAAUGCAAUGACCGCAGAGGACUACAGGACAACUUAUUGGCCAAAGCUUGAAAGAGCCAUUGAACAUCUCCUCACUCAAAGCCCAAUGGACCACAUAUCCAUCUCCUAUGAGCAGAUUUACAGUCAGGUUUAUAAGUGUGUGUGCCAGCAACACUCAGAACUUCUCUACAACGACUUGAUACAAAAGAUAGCAUCUCACCUACAGCAAGUCUCCUCAGAGCUACAAGGAAGCCCUCCUGAAAGUUUUAUUGAAAAAUUCAACCUGGUGCUUACUCAGUACACAGCUGCACUUCAGUGCAUUGUUCCGGUGUUCAUCUAUAUGAACAAGUUCUACAUUGAAACAAAGCUGAACAGAGACUUGAGGGAUGACCUCAUGAAGCUUUUCUCACAUCAUGUUGCAGAGAAGCAUGUUGACACAUUGAUACCUCUUCUAAAAAAAGCAGAUGCUGUGCCAUUUCAAGUCAGACCAUCAACUAUGGCUAGUGUAGUGAAAGGACUUUAUGCUCUGCGGCCAGAUUGGGCUGCAUUAGCCCCUGCUCUGUUUUCAAGAUUCAUUCCUCAAAUUCAGCCCCCUACUUUGGAGUCACAGCUUCCACAUUAUGCAGCUCUUGACCGGAAAUUGCAAACUGAGCUUUCUCUAAAUGGUUUCUGCAGGGGUGACCAGUCACGUAAGAGAGCAAGCGAAGAGUCCUGACAAAACGUGGACGCGUAUAUUACUAUGCUAGCGGGGUUGCCAAUACUGUUUUUUAAAGACUGCUGAAACACGGGAAAUGGAAACAGGAACUGAA